UUUUUAAUUAAUUUUUUGGAUUUUGUAAUUAUUUUUUUACCUUUAUUUUCUAAUUAUUUUUUUUUCUGAUAUGAAUGAUAUUUGAAAAAGGACACAAAAAUGAAACCCGAUGUCAUACAAUCAGGAUUGAACAUGAAUCAGGCUUUAUUAAUAAUCAGUCUGUAAGAUGAAACAUGAAAGUAAUCUUUCGAACUUGAAAGCAAUUUUGCAAGAUAAGACAUGCUUUCGUAGGGUAGAGUGAUGUUAUUUCUUCCAUUCAAUCAAAACAGGAAUGCGUGACGUCAAACAACCAGGAUUUAACAUGAAUAUGAAGUACGCGUCUUCAAGAUAAAGCAUGCAUCACUUUUGUGUGGUCUAGAAAGACGAAGUACAUUGAAAUGUUUCGCUAACUUCUUGUUCGGUCUUGUUUCAUUAGAUCAUUCUCAAAUGUUCCAUGGGGGUGGAGUCAGAAAAUUAUGUCGUCAUUUUCUGCCAAUCAGAAUAAAUUUUACAGAACUAAAAUAAUGAUAUCAUUUUUAACCUAUCAGAACAAGCAUUACAUAGCAGCUCGCAAUGCAUUCUGGGUAGCCAUCUACCGUUUAAUAGGAGCUGUAUUUGAUCCCAGAACUCAUUCUGAGUGUAGCAUCUCCUUUCUCAGCUUUCUAUUGUGCUCUUAGCUUUGCUUUCAUUAUUGUUAUUAGUUAUUGACUGUUAUUUGUUGAAAUGUUAAAGUUUUUCAUUAAUUAUUUAACGUAUUUCUGAUUGCUUGAUUUUUAAGUUAAAUUUAAUUUGUUUAAUUGCCUAAAAAUGACUCAAGAAUUUGAAGAUUUUUCUUUAAACGAUGAAUUGCGUGCCAUCAGUGAUUUUAGUGAUCUCACGGCCUCUCAAUUGGAUGAAAUGGUGAAAGAGGAUCUAAUGGAAGAUAGCCGCAUUACCUGUCUUCAAUGCAAUAAGAGUUUUACAACCCGGCCCAAUAUGCUACGACAUCAGCGAUCCAUCCAUGGAGGAACGCGACUUCAAUGCCCAGAAUGCCCAAAGACUUUUGCCAGGGCAGAUAAGCUGAAAUGUCAUAUCAACGUACACAAACGUAAAGCUACUAUAGGUGUUUUACCCCCAUCUAAGCGAAUUAAGUUUCAUGCAACAAAUCAAAAUUCCAGAGUGUUUUCAACGGAACCAUCAACAAGCAAUGCGACUGAUACAUUCCCAACAAGUAAUGCUCCUGCUGAAGAAACAUCCAACAUAAAAUUUAAAUCAGCUUUGAACGGUAGAGUAAAGACAUUAUAUUUAACGAAUGAUACUAAUUAUUUGGAUCUAAAAGAAUUUAUCUUGUCUAAGCAAGAAAAGUUUAAUGAUGUGAUAUCAACAGAAAUUCAAAAUCAAGAUCUGAAA